AUACAUUGUUUGGUGACUGUGAGUAUUCAAUAUUAAUGACAUGGAAUACUGCCUUAUUUUUACGUAAUUUUUAGUAAUUCAUCAUUACUAUUUACAGUAAAUUAGUAAUAAAUAUAUCAUAGUUAUUGUUGACAACAUUUUUUACCACUUAUUAAGUCAUGGGAAUUAUUAAAUUUGCAAUAAAAUCCAGUUUGGCUGGUGGAAUCGUUUAUUAUACUGCCCAAGAAGGUUUAUGGUCUGAUGCAGAUCAUAGUAUAAAAUUUUACAACAAACUUUACACUGGAAUUGCUCCUUAUGUUAAAGAACAAAUGCCCAAAGAAGUUAUGGAUGAGCUUCCAGAACUACCUAGCGUAAAUAACAUGUCACAAUGUGCUGGAGCUAUGUGGAAUAAUGGAGUUAAAUCAACUUUUAAAGUUCUUGUUGAUUUACCUUCUUAUGUUUCAAGUGGUAUUGAAUCAAUUAAAGGUUCUUUAGAGAAUUUGAAUGAAAAACCUAAAACGAUUCCUGAUAAAAAGGAAUAAAUCAAUGAAUAAUAUUUUAAUUAUAUCAACUAAUUUCAAUAAGAAUAGUAUUUAUUACAAAUUUAUGUAUAUAGAUUGUUAUUAAGAAUUGUAAUUGUAUGAAUGGUUCGUUCUAUUAAUUAUGGAAUGAACAAAUAAGAAACAGUCGGAGAAAAGGAAUAAAAAAUCAUGUUUGUAGGCUACUCAAUUGUAAUAAUGAAUAAUAAUGUAAUUAA